GGAGGCCCCGCCCUCUCGCCUCGCCUGAAGCGGUCGGGCGCCCGCCCCCUCUUGUUAAAUGGACCAGCGGGUCUCAGCCCCCGGAAACGGCCGGUAACUCCAAGGCUGUGAACUCCACGGGCGGCGGAGGCGGCGAGGAGCAGUCUUUCACCAGAGAGCAUCAUGGCAGAGCAGGUGGCCCUGAGCCGGACCCAGGUGUGUGGGAUCCUACGGGAAGAGCUGUACCAGGGUGAUGCCUUCCAUCAGUCCGAAACGUAUAUCUUCAUCAUCAUGGGUGCAUCGGGUGACCUUGCCAAAAAGAAGAUCUACCCCACCAUCUGGUGGCUGUUUCGGGAUGGCCUUCUGCCUGAAAACACUUUCAUCGUGGGCUAUGCCCGCUCCCGUCUCACGGUGGCUGACAUACGUAAGCAGAGCGAGCCCUUCUUCAAAGCCACGCCAGAGGAGAAGCCCAAGCUGGAGGAGUUCUUUGCCUGCAACUCCUAUGUGUCUGGCCAGUACGAUCACGCAGCCUCCUAUGAGCACCUGAAUAACCACAUGAAUGCCCUCUGCCAGGGGUCACGGGCCAACCGCCUCUUCUACCUGGCCUUGCCCCCCACUGUCUAUGAGGCUGUCACCAAGAACAUCCGAGAGACCUGCAUGAGCCAGACAGGCUGGAACCGAAUCAUUGUGGAGAAGCCCUUUGGGAAAGACCUGCAGAGCUCCGACCAGCUGUCCAACCACAUCUCCUCCCUGUUCUGUGAGGACCAGAUCUACCGCAUCGACCACUACCUGGGCAAGGAGAUGGUCCAGAACCUCAUGGUGCUGAGGUUUGCCAACAGGAUCUUUGGCCCCAUCUGGAACCGAGACAAUGUCGCCUGCGUCAUCCUCACCUUCAAGGAGCCCUUUGGUACUGAGGGCCGUGGGGGUUACUUCGAUGAAUUUGGGAUCAUCCGGGACGUGAUGCAGAACCACCUGCUACAGAUGCUGUGUCUGGUUGCCAUGGAGAAGCCAACCUCCACUGACUCAGAUGAUGUCCGUGAUGAGAAGGUCAAGGUGUUGAAAUGCAUCUCAGAAGCGCAGGUGAAAAAUGUGGUCUUGGGCCAGUAUGUGGGGAAUCCCAAUGGAAAGGGUGAGGCCACCAAAGGGUACCUGGACGACCCCACAGUGCCCCGUGGAUCCACCACUGCCACCUUCGCAGCUGUUGUCCUCUAUGUGGAGAACGAGAGGUGGGAUGGGGUGCCCUUCAUUCUGCGCUGCGGCAAAGCCCUGAAUGAGCGCAAGGCCGAGGUGCGUUUGCAGUUCCGCGAUGUGGCUGGAGACAUCUUCCAGCAGCAGUGCAAGCGCAACGAACUGGUGAUCCGAGUGCAGCCCAAUGAGGCCGUGUACACCAAGAUGAUGACCAAGAAACCCGGCAUGUUCUUCAACCCUGAGGAGUCGGAACUGGACCUGACCUAUGGCAACAGAUACAAGAACGUGAAGCUCCCUGAUGCGUACGAGCGCCUCAUCCUGGAUGUCUUCUGUGGGAGCCAGAUGCACUUCGUGCGCAGUGACGAGCUCCGGGAGGCCUGGCGGAUCUUCACACCACUGCUGCAUCAGAUCGAGCGCGAGAAGCCCCAGCCCAUCCCCUACGUUUAUGGCAGCCGAGGUCCAGCAGAAGCAGAUGAGCUGAUGAAGAGAGUGGGCUUCCAGUAUGAGGGCACCUACAAGUGGGUGAACCCCCACAAGCUCUAAGCACCGAGCCCUUUCCUACCCCGUUUGUUUCUGCCCUUCCCACCUUCUCACCGCCUGACCCCACAUCAGGAGGACUUCGGGACCAUAGGCCUCAGCCUCACAUUCCUGGCCCUGGGCCCAGUUACAUUCCUCAACCAC